GCAAACUUUAGAGCUUCACACGUGGCUAAAUUUUGAAGCCACUCAACGCACAAAGUAGCUAUAUAUGAAUCAUUAAGCAGACCAAAAGACAAACGCUAGCUCGCGAUUCUAUUACAAGCCCAAGUUUCAUCAACAAUGUCUGAAGCUUCAGAAAGAUAUGCCGUUGUAACAGGGGCAAAUAAGGGGAUUGGACUGGAGACAGUGAGACAAUUGGCCUUGAAUGGAGUUACUGUGAUCUUAACAGCAAGAGAUGAGAAAAGGGGUCUUGAAGCUUUUGAGAAACUCAAAGAGAAAGAGAAAAACCUCUCUCACAAAGUGCUUUUUCACCAGCUCGACGUGGCUGAUCCAGCAAGCAUUGCUGCUUUGGCAGAUUUCAUCAAAACUCAGUUCGGCAAACUUGAUAUCUUGGUGAGCAAUGCAGGAAUCGGUGGAACCAAAGAAGAAAUGGAUACAUUUCUAGCUUCGGUAAAAGCUGGGACCAGAGAGCAAGGUGAUAUUAGGAAAAUUACUCUAAAUUAUGAGUCAGCCGAAGAAUCCAUGCAAAUAAACUACUAUGGUGCUAAAAGAACCGCUGAAGCGCUUAUUCCCCUUCUCCAGUUAUCUGAUUCACCACGAAUUGUUAAUGUUUCUUCUUCCAUGGGAAAGCUAAAGAAAAUAUCAAAUGAGUGGGCUAAAGGUGUUCUUAGUGAUGCUGAGAACCUCACAGAGGAUAAAAUUGAUGAAGUGCUAAGAGAGUUUCUGAAAGAUUUCAAAGAAGGUUCAUUGGAAGCCAAAGGCUGGCCUAGGUUUAUGUCACCAUAUACUGUCUCAAAAGCAGCCCUCAAUGCCUACACAAGGGUACUAGCAAAGAAGUACCCCAACUUUCUCAUCAACUGUGUUUGCCCUGGCUAUGUGAAGACAGAUAUAAACUUCAACACCGGUAUCUUACCCGUUGAAGAAGGCGCUGCGAGUCCAGUAAGGUUAGCAUUGCUUCCAAAUGAUGCCCCCUCAGGCCUCUUCUUUGUUCGGUCACAGGUUUCGUCUUUUUGAUUGAAGAGACUGAAAACAUUGAAGAACAGUGGUUCCUUGGUAGCAUCCUGAUAUUCUCAAUGAUUAGUUGCAGUACUACAUGUUUCAUUUGACGUAAUAAGCUUGCAACAAAUUGAUAUUGAAUUUUAACUGUUAUAUGUCUAAGGCUACUUUGCUACCAAAUUCUGUAUGUUUUGGAGCUAGAAAGGAUAAUAUGGGUUAAGACCUCA